GGACAGAUGGGUGGGCGGGCGCGGCCAGGGCCCUCGGAAUAGGCAGCGGGCGGACCCCUGUCGUGGGCCCGGCAGGGCAGUCUCGGGGCCUGGGUGUUGCCGUCCUCACCCCUGUCGGACACCUGUCUUCCCAAUCCCUGGACGCACCCUUCCAGCUCAGACGGUCAACCAGGUCCCGCGCCGUCGGGCAGGCUGGGGUCUCAGUGCUUCCCCUGCCCUCCCCUCCCUGGGGAAGGUGGCUGGGCUGCCAGGCGCUCUGUCCUGCUGCCCCAGUCAGCUGUCCGCUCCUCGACCAGCACCCGCCCUGAUGGCCCCUCCCCAAGGGGCGCACAUGCAGCACUGUGGAGACACCCCGGAGGCGUAGGGGCCUCGGCAGCCUUGCCUGUCCCCUUUGGAGGGCCCCAACUCCCCAGGGCUCCCCCAGCAGCGUCUGUUCCACCGGGUGUCCCUGGGAGGGGGAGUCCACCUGGUCCGCCCUUCUGCGGGACCCACAGUUGUCACUUUGACCCGCAGGGAGGUCGGGUCACUGCCCUGCCCUGCUCUCACCUCUCCAGUGGUCUCCACUCCCACUUCUGGGCCACGGGGUAUCUGUCCCCACCCUGAACUGCCUGACGCCCUGACGUCUGGGCACCCGCAUCUUCCGAGGACCGGCCCUCGCUGUCUCUAGGUCCUUCUGUGCCGGGGUAUGAGGGUUGGUGGGGGAGUUGCGCCCUGGCUGGCAUCCAGGUCAGCCCCGCCCCACGGGGGUGGGGAGGAAGCAGGAACCAGUCUCUGUCAACAGCCUUUGGCCCCUGAUCCUGCCCUGGGGCCAUGACCUUCCUGCUACUUGCUCUGGUUUCACAAAAACCGCCCCCCACCACCAGCUCAGACCCAUCUGAGGCUGGGAACCCUCAACCCCACCCAUUCGGAUCGUGGCAAGAGCAGGGGUCCAGGACCUGGGAGGGAGCGGGCACGUCGUCCAUGAAGGAAGGAGGCUCGGUCCCGCAGGCCACGCCCCACCACACUGGCUCCAGCAAGGGACCAGAAAGGGGCUGGCACGUGCGCCCGCUCCUGGGGGACCAGCCUCACAUCCGGUGCCACAGGCUGAACCCGAAGGCCCUCAGCCUUGCACAGCCCAAAGUCAGCAAGGUGGGUUAGCGGAGGGGCGGCCAUGUGGUCCUGGAGCUCCUCGCUGGUCAGUCCCUGCAGGGCACAUGGGCAGGGAACAUCUUACUGGGCCGUGUCCUUCCUCCCCAUGUCCCCAGCCAGCCGUUGCCACUGUCCCCCUCCUUGCCCCCCUGCGCCCCUGAGCCUGCCCGCCCACCUCUCCUCUCCCUGCAGCACUUGGGCAGAGCCCGCAAGAGGCUGGUUCCUGGCUGUUCCUUACCCGCCCAGCUCAGUGGCCUGGCUGAGCAAGGGGCAGGGCAGCAGACAGGGCUGUCUGAUGAGAAUCAGGAGAUAAAUCCCCUUGGGUGACCCCAGAGCUGGAGAGAGCUGAACCACCCCUCAUUCUCCACCUGCCUGACUUCUGCCAGAAGAGUCCUCCGUACUGUGGCUCCUCUUCUCCUGAGACUGCAGCCGGGGUGAUUCCUCACCUGGCCCAGGGCCUGGGGACCAGUGACUGUUGGGUGAGGCCUCCACCAGGCCUGGCCCGCACCCAUGACCAAGGGCCGGGUCAGGAACCCCACGACAGGCUGUGACCUAGGUGCCCGCCCGGAUCACUGAGCUCACCCUGCAUGGUUGUGUCUCAGGGUCCCCUUACGGGUGACAGGUGAAUCUCAGGGGAGCCCUAGGUUGAGCUGGCCCCACAAGGGCCCAGCUGGACCCUGAUGGGAGGAGGCUGAAACCCUCCACCUGCCCACACCCCGUACUGCCCCCCCUUACCCCUGGCCACUCACUGUCUUCCAGCCUACCGGUUGUCCAUCCGUCUGUCCGUCCGUCCGUCCAUCCAUCCAUACUUCCAUCCCUCCCUUGCUCACUGCUUGCCAGGGCGCCCAGAGAAGGGCCUAUCCACAGGCCUGGAGGGCUCACACAAGUCACUCCUAUGGGGCCCACACCCAGGCCCUCAAUGGCCCCUCCCUGCUGCCUGCAUGGAAUUCAGCCCGAGUCAGAAAAAGCCAGAAAGGAGAAUUGAUAGGGCUCUGCUGCCCUUCAUCUCCACUCAGACUUGGGCCAGGCCCACGGCAGCCCUCCCACCGGCACGGCCAGGGCAGGGGUCCCGCGCCUGGGCCCCUGACAGCCUGCACUAAUGCUGUCAAAGGAACGUGCCCCAGGGGGACCCAAGAAGCCAGGCCUGAGCCUUGCGUGGGGCCCAGAGGGUGCACCUAGAUACCCCGGCCCUGGGAAGGGGGCUGCAUCUGACGGGACCAUCCUGAGCACGGGCCCUGCACUCCUGGUCCCCUGGGCAAGGCUGGGAGCUGGCCUGGGGCCACCUUGAUAACCACGGCACUGUGAUGGAUGGCGCUGGCAUUCCACCCCGGCCUGGCAAGCUGCCUUUCCCAGGGGCUAAGAAUAGGUGGGGGGGGAUGGCAAGGGCUGGAGGGAGGAGGUGGGUAGCUAGGGAGCGUAAGGGUGGUCAGUGCCACCAGCACGCUGGGGUGGGGCUCUGGGGCUGUCGGAGCUGCGAGAGAGACAGCCACGCCAGCCAUGGGAAACCCAGCUCCGCCCGGGGAAGACGCAUGGGCUGGGACCCUGGGCCGCACCCCCAGCACAGGGCCGGCCCCCCGCCCCGUCACUGGCGAAGAGCAGCUGCUGCUGGUGUCUUCUCCCUCCCAGCUCCCACUUCCUCAAUAGGACCGGAGGCUCCAGGGAGCGGUUUUAGGGAAGCAUCAGAGCCCGGCUGGGCCUCCUCACUUGUGGGGGGUCCCUCCACAGACCCUGUGGUCUGACCGGAAGUCCCCAGAGGAGUGUGUGUGACCACAAGGACCCCUUUGCCCCAGCUGUGUAGCCCCAGCCAGAUGUGGGGGGUGGCUGCUCAGAGGCAUGCCCCUCACCCGGCCACACCGCCCCCGCCCCCGCCGCGUCCUGCUGCUGCUGCUGCUGCUGGCCUGCCAGGCCCCUUCUGCCCAGGUGACGGACUUCCUGUUUGAGAGAUGGAAGCUCUACGGUGACCAGUGUCUCUACAACCUGAGCCUGCUGCCCCCCCCCACUGAGCUAGUCUGUAAUAGAACCUUCGACAAGUACUCCUGUUGGCCAGACACCCCUCCCAACACCACGGCCAACACGUCCUGCCCCUGGUACUUGCCUUGGCACCACAAAGUGCAGCACCGCCUUGUCUUCAAGAAGUGUGGGCCGGACGGGCAGUGGGUGCGCGGGCCCGGCGGGCAGUCGUGGCGCAACGCUUCGCAGUGCCAGAUAGACGACCACGAGAUUGAGGUCCAGAAGGAGGUGGCCAAGCUGUACGGCGCGUUCCGGGUGAUGUACACGGUGGGGUACUCGCUCUCCCUGGGGGCCCUGCUCCUGGCCCUAGCUAUCCUGCUGGGCCUCAGCAAGCUGCACUGCACCCGAAACUACAUCCAUGCCAACCUGUUCGCGUCCUUCGUGCUCAGGGCCAGUUCCGUGCUGGUCAUCGACGCGCUGCUCGAGACACGCUACAGCCAGAAGGUCGGGGACGACCUCAGCAUGAGCGUGUGGCUGAGUGACGGGGCGGUGGCCGGCUGCCGGGUGGCCGCCGUGUUCAUGCAGUACGGCGUCGUGGCCAACUACUGCUGGCUGCUGGUGGAGGGCGUGUACCUGCAUGGCCUGCUGGGCCUCGCCGCCUUCCCGGAGAGGAGCUGCUUCGCCCUCUACGUGGGCAUCGGCUGGGGCGCCCCCAUGUUCUUCGUCAUCCCCUGGGCCGUGGUCAAGUGUCUGUUUGAGAACAUCCAGUGCUGGACCAGCAAUGACAACAUGGGUUUCUGGUGGAUCCUGCGCUUCCCCGUCUUCCUGGCGAUCCUGAUCAACGUCUGCAUCUUCGUACGCGUCCUCCUCAUCCUCGCGGCCAAGCUGCGGGCCCGCCAGAUGCGCUACACCGACUACAAGUUCCGGCUGGCGAAGUCCACGCUGACCCUCAUCCCGCUGCUGGGGGUCCACGAGGUGGCGUUUGCCUUCGUGACAGACGAGCAUGCCCAGGGGACCCUGCGCUCUGCCAAGCUCUUCUUUGACCUCUUCCUCAGCUCCUUCCAGGGCCUGCUGGUGGCUGUUCUGUACUGUUUCCUCAACAAGGAGGUGCAGUCGGAGCUGCUGCGGAGCUGGCGCCGCUGGCGCGCGGGGAACUCGCUGCAGGAGAGGCGCCGCACCAGCGGGCACACGGCCUCAGCCCGGCCCACCGGCGGCCCUCCCAGCCAGAAGCUUCUGCUCUCCAGGGGUGGCGGCAGCAGCAACGGGGCCGGCCGGGACCCCUCUGCAGACAGCUGCCUAGUCGGCAGCCUCCCUGGGUUGGCUGAGAGCCUCUUCUAAAGCCCCGGGACCCACCGCGGCUCUGGCUGGGGCUGGACUCAGGUGCUGAGAGAGGGCACUGCUGGAGAGCCUGGAACCGGACGCCCGACAGAGACUUCCCCGUCCCCUGUCCCGCACAGUGUGGUGGUCUGAGGGGGAGAGGCUCCCUUCUCCACACCUGCUCUGUGCUGUGGCGAGGGACAGGGUGCACGCCGGCGAGCCGGUGUUUAAGGAAAUGUGUACUGUCCCACAAUAAAGAGUUUGAGAAGUGGCUGCCUUGAACACCCUGGAGCG